AUGUCUACAGCCAAGCACAGGAUGCGCGAUAAGAAGAUGAGGAACCAGCCGAUCAACGUCACCUAUUCCUCCCAGGGCAAGAGGGGCUGGGUCCGGGGCCACCAGAGAGAAGGACACGGAUACCCGCAGGCUCUGCCCACACACAUCACUGCCUCAGCGUUUGCCAAGGCCCGGGCUGCAGAGGUGAACGCCAUGUUGAUGGCCGUCACCAAGACAACGGGCAGCUCCCAUGUGUUUGGAGCUCUUCCUAAACACAUGAGGAGGAGGGCCAUGAGUCAUAACACCAAGAGACUGCCCUGCAGGCUGAGAGACAUGGCCAACAACAUGUUGGAGAAGAGUCAGAAGGCUGGUCAGAAGGUGAAGAAGGAACAGUCCAAGAGCAAGAGCCGUAAAGCCCGGCGUCGCCAUGGCAACAUGCUCCUGGAGUUCAACCGCCGCCAGCGGAAGAACCUGUGGCUGGAGACGCACAUCUGGCACGCCAAGCGCUUCCACGUGGUCAAGAGAUGGGGCUACUGUCUGGGAGACAGGCCAACCUACAAGUGUUACAGAGCCUGCUACAGAGCCAUGAGCUCCCACUGUCUCCUACAGGACAUGUCGUACUACUGCUGUGUGGAGUUACAGGGGCCAGGGGAACAGCUGUUAGCUGCUCUGUCUAAGCUGACCAGCAAGGAAACUGGGCCUACGUUUGCAGCAGCCAUGUGUGUGUCAGGCAGGAGACAGGGCAGUGUGGUGGUGUACCGAGCAGGACAGUACCCUCUCCAGCCCCUGGGGCCUGUCACGUUCCUCUGGAGGCCCACAACGCAGGGCCGGGGGGGCCAGGAGGACCAGGGCUCCCAGGGAUCAACACACAGACAGCUGUGGAUCUGGGCUCACCCCGCCAUGAAAACGGACCUCCUCCCGGAGCUGCAGGCUGUCUGUCAGUGUUCUGAGGCUGUCCUUCCACCUGCUCCAGUGGACCUCCCUGUCCCACAGCCAGCCCCUACCCCCACCUUGGCCCCCGGUCCUGGGGCUGGUCCUGAGGCGGUGCAGGCCUCUGGUUCUGGUUCUAAGAGGAAGUGGGCCUCCAGGGAGCCUGAGGCUGCUGGGCCACCAGCCAAGAAGCUCCUGGGAUACAGUACCAUUUCUGCUACCAGACCCGUAACCUGGAGGUCCAGUACCACUGGUAUAGUCAUCAGGUGGGUUCUGACUGGUACCACUGGUAUAGUCAUCAGGUGGGUUCUGACUGGUACCACUGGUAUAGUCAUCAGGUGGGUUCUGACUGGUACCACUGGUAUAGUCAUCAGUGACCUCACCAUGGAGAUGGUGCGGUAUCGUCUGAUUGGACCUCUAUCACAUUCCGUUCUGACUGAAACCCUGGCCCCUGCCACACACUGUGAUGCUCCAGGUAAAUCCAGACCAUCUCCCUUCUGGUGGCCAGAUCACUGCAGAGACGACUGUAACAUGUCUCUUCAUCAACAACAAGCUGGUGUCUUCAACAUGCUCAAAGGUGUGUACUCCACAGCGGAGGUCCCAGCCGGCUCAGUUCUGGGUCUGACGGUGGAUGACCCCAGAUUGACCUUACCAAACAAGAGAAGCAAGGCCGUGUCUGACAUCAGGAAGGCACAAGGAGUGAACGAGGAGAGGAGGAGGGAACUGAUGUUGAAGGGGAUCCCUGAACCGCUCAGCCAGAGUUCCCUGUGGGACCGGUCGGUCCGCGACAACGUCACACACAACAAGAUGACAGACCAGGAAGUAAACAGACUGCGUAAUGAUGUUCUGGUCCCAGGCUCCAGACUCCCCACCCCCCUGCAGGGUAGAGUACCCGUCCUACUGGUGCAGCAGUCUGGGAAGAGCCAGGGCACAGAGAUGGGGUCCUGGGGGGCGGGAUGGGACCUGCUGCUACCCAAGGCCUGGGGCAUGGCCUUCUGGGUCCCUCUGGUUUAUAGAGGAGUACGUAUCGGAGGGCUGAGGAUGAGUCUGAAACACGCCCAGAAUAAAGGAGAGCCUCACUUUCCCCACGACUACCCAGACUGCCCUGCAGGAGCACGCUUCCAGGAAGAGCAGGAGGCUGAGCUGCUGGCCAAGUUCAGGAGGCGCCCGCCAGCCAAACGGACCAAUUACAUCAAACAUGGCUGCCUGGCUCCGUUCCGUUGUCCCUGGCAACAGCUGGUCGAGGAGUGGGAGCUGAUCGUGAAGGAGGAAGCAGGAGGAGGAGGAGAGGAGGCGGUCGCAUCAAUGGAACAGGAAGUGACACCACCACAGAGUAACUUCACAGUCUUGAGGAACAGGAAGUCUCUAAGGCAGCUGUCCGCUUGGUGUCGCCCCACAUCCUCUAAAUGUCAGAGGUCACGUAACCCGGGAUCAACACCACAACUCAACCGUAACGUUGCAGCGUCUCUCCUCUCGGCACACGGUGGCAGCAGCCUGGUGUGGAUCCGUCUCUCCCUCGUCGCCAAGGGCCAACCGGAGCAGCACGCCCUGGUGUGUGUCCCCACCACAGAGGACCUCCAGCUGGUACGUGAGGAGCCGGGCUGCACAGGGCCCCAGGAGCCUCUACACACUGACCACUUCAAGAGCCGCGUCAAACGGCCACGCAAGAAGGACCACAACAAACCUGGAACCUCCUCCUCUUCCUCCGCCAAGCAGUCUGACCCUGCCUCAGUCCCUGGUGUCAACCCUGGUCCUGAUCCUAGCUCCUCCUCCAGCCUCACCAACCCCUCUUCCUCCGCCAAGCAGUCUGACCCUGCCUCUACCUCAGCCCCUAGUGUCAAUCCUGAUCCUAGCUCCUCCUCCAGCCUCACCAACCCCUCUUCCUCCUGUACCUCAGCCCUGACUCUUGGUCUCUGGCCGGAGCCCCUUCCCAGCGUCACCUCCCACUGCUCCAGGGUGACUCUGGGCUGGGUGACCCAGGGGGACUUCUCCCUGUCGGCUGGCUGUGGAGAGGCUCUGGGGCUCCUCAGCCUUACUGGUCUCCUACACACCCUGCUCAGACAGCCUGACGGCCAGAGAGGACUGGUGCUGCUACGGAACCCCGGGUCACUGCAAUACCGUUUCGCUAAGAUCAACAUAGAGAUCUGAGGAGUACUGCAGGUUCAAUCCCACAUCGCAACAGUACCGCUUCCCUAAGAUCAACAUAGAGGUCUGAGGAGUACUGCAGGUUCAAUCCCACAUCGCAACAGUACCGCUUCCCUAAGAUCAACAGAGGUCUGAGGAGUACUGCAGGUUCAAUCCCACAUCGCAACAGUACCGCUUCCCUAAGAUCAACAUAGAGGUCUGAGGAGUACUGCAGGUUCAAUCCCACAUCGCAACAGUACCGCUUCCCUAAGAUCAACAGAGGUCUGAGGAGUACUGCAGGUUCAAUCCCACAUCACAACAGUACCGCUUCCCUAAGAUCAACAGAGGUCUGAGGAGUACUGCAGGUUCAAUCCCACAUCACAACAGUACCGCUUCCCUAAGAUCAACAGAGGUCUGAGGAGUACUGCAGGUUCAAUCCCACAUCACAACAGUACCGCUUCCCUAAGAUCAACAGAGGUCUGAGGAGUACUGCAGGUUCAAUCCCACAUCACAACAGUACCGCUUCCCUAAGAUCAACAGAGGUCUGAGGAGUACUGCAGGUUCAAUCCCACAUCACAACAGUACCGCUUCCCUAAGAUCAACAGAGAUCUGAGGAGUACUGCAGGUUCAAUCCCACAUCGCAACAGUACCGCUUCCCUAAGAUCAACAUAGAGGUCUGAGGAGUACUGCAGGUUCAAUCCCACAUCGCAACAGUACUGCUUCUCUACGUAAAGCCACAGACUGUGUUCUGAGUAAAACACUGUGCCAAGUGUGAGUCCCUUCACCCCAACCCCUGUUAGGGGUACUAGAUAUGAAAUAAAACACUGUGCCUAGUGUGAGUCCCUUCACCCCAACCCCUGUUAGGGGUACUAGAUAUGAAAUAAAACACUGUGCCUAGUGUGAGUCCCUUCACCCCAACCCCUGUUAGGGGUACUAGAUAUGAAAUAAAACACUGUGCCUAGUGUGAGUCCCUUCACCCCAACCCCUGUUAGGGGUACUAGAUAUGAAAUAAAACACUGUGCCUAGUGUGAGUCCCUUCACCCCAACCCCUGUUAGGGGUACUAGAUAUGAAAUAAAACACUGUGCCUAGUGUAAGUCCCUUCACCCCAACCCCUGUUAGGGGUACUAGAUAUGAAAUAAAACACUGUGCCUAGUGUGAGUCCCUUCACCCCAACCCCUGUUAGGGGUACUAGAUAUGAAAUGCCUGGCAUGCACACACAACAUUAUAGAUAUGAAAUGCCUGGCAUGCACACACAACAUUAUAGAUAUGAAAUGCCUGGCAUGCACACACAACAUUACCCAUACUGAAUGACACAUUGUUUGAGUGGAUGAACUUUAAAUUGAUAAUAAUUCCCUGUAAGGUUUUCUGGGAGUUUUUCAUUUGAGUUGAAAUGAGUUUAAAAAAAAAAUGUUUGUUCAAUAUUGUUUUCACCGAAGCGACUGCCUUCAGAUUGUCACUGUGUGUGUACUGGUUCUGUAGAGAAGACAGUCAUUAUGUACUGGUUCUGUAGAGAAGACAGUCAUUCUGUACUGGUUCUGUAGAGAAGACAGUCAUUAUGUACUGGCUCUGUAGAGAAGACACCAGUCAUUAUGUACUGGCUCUGUAGAGAAGACACCAGUCAUUAUGUACUGUCUCUGUAGAAAGACACCAGUCAUUAUGUACUGGUUCUGUAGAGAAGACACCAGUCAUUAUGUACUGGUUCUGUAGAGAAGACACCAGUCAUUAUGUACCGGUUCUGUAGAGAAGACACCAGUCAUUAUGUACUGGUUCUGUAGAGAAGACACCAGUCAUUAUGUACUGGUUCUGUAGAGAAGACACCAGUCAUUAUGUACUGGUUCUGUAGAGAAGACACCAGUCAUUAUGUACUGGUUCUGUAGAGAAGACACCAGUCAUUAUGUACUGGUUCUGUAGAGAAGACAGUCGUUCUGUACUGGUUCUGUAGAGAAGACAGUCGUUCUGUACUGGUUCUGUAGAAGACAGUCAUUAUGUACUGGUUCUGUAGAGAAGACACCAGUCAUUAUGUACUGGUUCUUUAGAGAAGACAGUCGUUCUGUAGAGAAGACAGUCAUUAUGUACUGGUUCUGUAGAGAAGACACCAGUCAUUAUGUACUGGCUCUGUAGAGAAGACACCAGUCAUUAUGUACCGGUUCUGUAGAGAAGACACCAGUCAUUAUGUACUGGUUCUGUAGAGGAGACACCAGUCAUUAUGUACUGGUUCUGUAGAGAAGACAGUCAUUAUGUACUGGUUCUGUAGAGAAGACACCAGUCAUUAUGUACCGGUUCUGUAGAGAAGACACCAGUCAUUCUUUGGUUUGCCUGAUUACCAUUUUUGUGAAAACAUCUUUGUUUGGAUUUGAGAGCUGUAGUUGAAACGGUUGACAAUAAAAAUCCCUCUACUCCAA